AUGCCACCCCCCCAUCUGCGAACAUGGUGGCCACCGGCACAGGUCCCCCAUGGGCAUCGCUUGUCCCAUCCCACCUGGGCCACGUUCCGAGGUGUCCGCCAUUUCCCACGGCAGGGUGUGCAGGUGGACGCCAAGGGCCAUGUGGUGGUGGAUGAGUACCAGAACACCACCAGGAAAGGGAUCUACGCCGUCGGGGACGUCUGCGGGAGAGCCCUCUCACCCCAGGUACCGCGGUCGUGUCCCCCUCCCCAGCCCCUCAGCGCUGCCCCGCGCCGCAGCUCAGGCUCCCCGUCCCUCCCUGCAGUGGCCAUCGCGGCCGGCAGAAAGCUGGCCCACAGGCUCUUCGAGGAGAAGCAGGAGUCCCGGCUGGACUACCGGGACAUCCCCACCGUCGUCUUCAGCCACCCGCCCAUCGGCACCGUGGGCCUCACGGAAGAGGAGGCCGUGGCCACGCACGGCAAGGAGAACGUGAAGAUCUACAGCACGUCCUUCACCCCCUUGUACCACGCCGUCACCCAGAGGAAGGUGAAGUGUGUCAUGAAGCUGGUGUGUGCUGGCAAGGAGGAGAAGGUGGUGGGAUUGCACAUGCAAGGGCUGGGCUGCGACGAAAUGCUGCAGGGCUUCGCCGUGGCCAUCAAAAUGGGGGCCACCAAGGCCGACCUGGACAACACCGUGGCCAUUCACCCCACUUCUGCCGAAGAGCUGGUGACGCUGCGCUGAGGCGGU